CAUUCCUGAACGGGUAAAGGCCACGAAGACAACCGACUUGGAGCGAAUUAAACCGAACUCGAGCAUGAGCGGUCCUCGACUCUUUGGUGCGAGCUAUGGCUAUUGACCGAACCUGGCGAACCGGCCGGUCAGCUGUGAGCUGAACCGCUACCGACAAUAUUCUACUUUUUUUGCCAGCAAAUUUUUUGAGAUCAUCUAAAAAAAAAAUUUUUUUGACAAUUAACAGCAAAGACACUGAAAAAGAAAGGAAAAAAAAACACGGAUCAUUAUCGGCCAACAGAAGUGAUCUUGCGCGGAAUAAAAAAAAAAAAAGGAACGACGACAACCAGAGGAAGCAGUCGUGCACACACCAUCUCUUUUGCCUUCUAGUCGCUCGACGGUCGAGUCGACCAGUGCGUGCUUGGAACUCCACCACGACACUUCUCCGGCACUGAUUCGCCUCAAGACAUUUAUAAAACUGGGCAGUGCUAAUAUAAAAAUCGCGAAUCAAAUUGCUACCACAAAGAUAAGAUAUAAAUUUCCGAUUAAAUGUCCUGAUCAUGAACAAUUGAACGAGUCUGUCGUUACGUGAAACAGUUUUGCAAAUAAUUAAACGGGAUUGUUCAAUAAAAGAAGGGAAAUUUUUUUUUUUUAAAAGUAUCCAUCAAAAAGUGUGACAAGUGUAGAAAAGUGUUGUGAAUGAUCUUGUGUGCGCUAAUAUAAAUUGGAUUUAUAUAUAACGUGAAGUGUAAGGAGGUUUAUAAAGUGCAUAGUUACAGUGGAUUUUUCCAUUGGUAUCCGGACAAUUGUUUAUUAAAAAAAAAAAAGUAUUCUCAAUUGCCAUGAAAUGACAAAAAAAAAAUAUGAACGGUUUAACGGAUGAUUCCUACCAACCAUAUAGAAAAAGAGGGUCACCCCUGAAGAUGAUAUCGUCCCUGGCAAGCUCGUAAAAGUCGUCUGAUCGCAUCGAUCGCCGAUUCUCUCUCUCUUUCUCUCUCUUUCGACAAAGGAAGUCAAAAUUUCUAGUUCUGAAAUUAUUUUUUAGCUACUGAAUAAUAAAAAUUCAUAGUAAUAAUCAAGGAUAUAAAAGAAGAUAUUUUAGAGGAUGAAAAAAAUGUGGAAGCGAUUUUUUGACAAAUAUAUAUGAGAAAAAGAGGUGGGGGGAGAGAAAGGAUCUUGAUAGAGAGGAAAGAGAGUCAUUAACGAUCAAGUGCUAGAAUCUUUUUCUUCAAAGAACCUGCAAAAAGCGAUGCUUGAAAAACCUGUCGAAUCGCUCAGGUCUCGAGGCUUCUGUAGUGGGUUCCGGCGAAAAUUGCGCUCACUGUAGUGGGCUGCGUCGAAACCGGUUUCGUUUCGCUUCGAAUCUCGCGUUUAUAAAGGUCGUGCGUCGAGGGAGGAGUAAGACUCGUGGAAAACGAAUUUACACGAGGACACCCGCACACGAGAGAGAGAGAGAAAGAGAUUUCUUAUCUCUUUUGCCCGUCAUGAUCUCUCUCUCCAACCUCUCACGUCGUCAUCGUCGCUAAAAUACACGAUAAUGAAAAUCUAAUUUUUGAGAGAAAAAAAAAUGAUGAUGAUUUUAAAAGAAUUUGUAGUGUCUGGCGAAUCGGUUGGGUCUUUUCGAAACUUUGAAUAGGCUCUGUCGAGGGCAAAGAUGGAAGGCAGUAAUUUAAAGGAGGAACAGGAUUCGCCUGAGAGCACUUCAUUUACAAUGAAUCGUCUCAAGACCUAAUUGUUAUCUAAUGAGCCAAAGAGGUCAAGUGAUUAGUGAUGAAGCGCGCAUCAAGCGCUUCUACAGUGGCACAGGUGCAGUCCGUGGUCUUGCCCGGCAAGAUUCACGAAUUACGUAGCCCAACGGGUUUGCUGACGACAGAGGAGCUUGACGAGACAAUCCCCAGGUCAAUCAAGUGCGAGCUCAACGAACAUCUUCAUCAUCAUCAUCAUCAUCAUCAGACAAUCAAAAGAGAUACACGCCAGAUUGAUGAGAGCAAAAUUUCAAAGUCGCCAGCAAUGUCCCGAUUGCUGACAGUUGAUUCAGAGAAUUAUAUGCUACGUAAAGGUUCAAAUCAAAAUACAACAACAAAUCCAUCGUCGAUGUCGAUCACCACGACAUCAAAUAUUGUCACAAAUCAACAACAAAGAGAUUGUCCGCAUGGUUUUGCUAUUAGCACCAGUAAAUUGUCCGCCACUGGGAAUGGCACCUACUGUACCGCGGAUAUUUCAUUCGUGCAAGUAUCAACGGUAACGGGCAAGCCAAACAACCUGGAGAAGUCAGUGGUGAACGUUUGCGAAAGUUCCCCGAGUGGCUACGACGACCAAUCCAUUCGUUCUCUAUAUGAGUCUUCAUCAUCGAAUCACGUUGAUCGCACCACUACCACAACUGUCUUGGCAAAAGGAGGCGCCACCGUAGCCCAACGACGGACCUCUAAUCAAAGUCAAAUAGCGUUUACAAAUGGAACAAAUGUGUCUUUAUCAAUUUCUUCCUCCACCUCUUCCUCCUCGCUUAUUGUUCCCUCAUGUCCUUCCUAUAAUUCAAAACAACUCUCACCCAUCAAGGUACACGAGAGUACAAUUCUUGGACACAAGACCCAAGAUGAACAAGCAAUUGGUUCAUCAUCAUUGGAUCUAUUAUUGACAUCCGAUAAUUCCGUUGACGAUGAUGAUAAACAUUUUGUGUCAUGUGCCAGACCAUUGUCCUUUCAUAAGCACAUGUGUUGGUGUAGUCCUCAACUGUUGAUCUCGAAAAACUCACUCGUUGAUGAUCCAACGUCUGAUAUUGAUAUUGAACUUUCUAAGGCAACAAUUAAUAUUAAUAAUAAUAAUAACAACAAUAAUAAUAAUAACAAUAACAAUAGCAACAAUAAUAACAACGUCAAGUCAAAUUUAAUUGGAAGUGAUAAUAAUUUUUUGCUAGUUAACGGUGUGAAAAAUAGUAUCGAUUCUAAUAAUGGAAAACAAAUAGUUGAUAGAAAAAUAAAACAAGGAAAUUCGUAUCGGAGCCUAUGUUGUUGUAUGUGCGGAUCUUUUUGUCCUAUAGAGUGCCACGCUUGCUUCCACGUCGUCUGCUCGGAAUACAGCGGACAGCAUCUGUGCCAAUGGAGUUCCAAGGGUCACGCUUUGCCAGGACAGGUCUUCGACAAGGAAAAGCCUGUCAGUGAGUGGACAUCUUUAAAUGUUGUUGAAUGGAUGUCUGCUCUCAACCUUUAUCGCUAUGCAGACGUUUUCAAGUCCAAGGACAUUAAGGGUAGCGAUCUACUGCAUUUGGACCGCGAGAAGCUAAUGAACAUGGGUAUAAAAGAUGAGUUCCAUCAGAAGAAUAUAUUGGUAUGCAUCGAGGAACUCUGCCAACCCUCGUCUCCUUCGACUCUUGCUGGUUCGGAGACUUCGUACGUGACAUUAUCCGUCAACGAAACGGGAGGCACUGGCAAUAGUAGUAGCAAUGUCAAUACUACGUCAACCACCAGCACCACCAGCAACGCUCACAAUCUCGUGCCUCAUAGUUUCAGUGUCUUGGAGAGGUGCGAAAAAUGCCACAAAUACCUCAGGGGCCUAUUACAUCAAGGCUUUCUCUGCCAAGAUUGUGGAUUAGUCGCUCACAGGACUUGUUCAGUGACUGGUUUACCCUCUCCUUGCAUUCCAACAGAUUCUCGUGUUCAUAGAUUCACUUCAGUCUUUGGAUUAGCACUAUGCUCGCAGUUCGACUCAGCAACUCGUACAGCUCCAAUUUUAGUCGAAAGAUGCACACGUGUCCUUGAAGAAAGAGCAUUCACCGACACAACUUUAGACCUUUAUAAAAUAUACUAUAGUAGUCCGCCCAAUGAACAGAUACUUGAAUUACGAGAAAAGCUUAACGAGGAUGUAUGUAACGCUGAUUUAACUCCUUACACCGCGCAAUGUAUAUCAAGUGUUUUAAAGAAAUUUUUGAGAGAGUUACCAGAUCCUAUAAUUCCCGUACAGUGGUACGAUAGAUUUUUGGAAGCUAUUAAUUCAAGAAAUGAUGAACAAUGUGCCACGCAUCUUAAUAAAUUGGUCUCGGAAUUACCAGUGCAUCAUAAAGGAACUUUGACGCAUUUGAUGGCUCAUUUUUGUCGAAUUUGUCAAUUGCAACAUUCUCGAGGUUAUACAGAACCACCCACUAUUCUUGUGCAAGUUAUGUGCCACAUUUUUCUCAGGCCUCCUUGGGAGCGGAUCAUUCAAGUUGUUCAUAAUACCGAAGCUCAUAUUCGUAUAAUGGAGCUAUUAUUACUUCAUGGAAAUUGGAAUGAGAAGCUGCCAGAAUUUGCGAGCCCUCCACAAUUACCACCAAGGAAAGUGUCUAGACCACCAAUUCCGGUUCUAGAGUCAUUUCCUGGUUUAGAGGAAGAAUUGGUAGCUGGUGGUGAUCGUUCAACGCCGGGUGAAAGUAACAAAGACCAGUUACAACAGUCAUGCAGGCCACGAACACUUCAAGAAGCCGAAUGGUAUUGGGGUGAUAUUACAAGAGACGAAGUCAAUGAAAAAAUGGUUGAUACACCCGAUGGUACUUUUUUGGUUCGAAAUGCAUCAUCAAAAGGCGGUGAAUAUACAUUGACAUUGAGGAAAGGUGGAACAAAUAAAUUGAUUAAGAUUUGUCAUCGUAAUGGCAAAUAUGGUUUCUCGGAACCUUACAAUUUUCAAUCUGUCAUUGAACUUGUGGAUUAUUAUCGAAAUUGUUCUCUCGCACAAUAUAAUUCGACAUUAGAUAUUAAACUUUUAUAUCCGAUUUCACGUUUUCAACAGGAAGACGAAAUUGCAAGCAAUACUGAUAUGUCGAAAGUCGUUCAGAAGUUCAUCGAAAUCCUUAAGAAUUUAAACGAAACUUUACGACAGCAUAAAGAUUGCUAUGACCUCUAUAAUAGAACGGCUUAUGAAGUGCAACUUAAACGCCAAGCCUUAGAAGCAUUUUCUGAAGCCAUUAAAAUGUUCGAGGAUCAGAUGAAGUUGCAAGAAAAGUUUCAAACUGAAGCUCAACCACAUGAAAUAUCCACCUUGACAGAUAAUGCUGAGUUGUUAAAACGUCGUCUGAAGUCCUUGGAAGAUAGUAGAGAACAACUUGAUGAUAGCUUGAAGCAGCAAAUUGCCUACAACAGAACUCUUGAGCGUGAGAUGCAAAAAUUAAAGCCCGAGUAUAUGCAAUAUACAAAAUCGAAAGACAAAUAUGCAGCGUGGUUAAAGAAAAAUGGAAUGCAUUCAAAUAAAAUUCAUCAGUUAAUUAUGAGUAGUUCAACGUCAAAUCAAACAAUUGGCGAAAUAAUUUACAAUGAAUUACAAGAACCUGAUCUCGAAAUUCAUUCUGAUGAGAAAGCAUGGUUGUAUCUUGAUUGUUCACGUUCGAAUGCGGAUCAAAUACUUAUGGGAAGACCCGAUGGCACUUUCUUAGUUCGAAGAUCGAGAAUUGGACAGUAUGCUUUAUCUAUAAUGUGCAACGGUACCGUGAAUCAUUGCAUAAUUUAUGGAACGGAAAGGGGUUAUGGAUUUGCGGAACCUUACAAUAUACAUCAAACAUUAAAGCAUCUUGUUCUGCACUAUGCGCAGAAUUCUUUAGAGGAACACAAUGAGAGUCUCACAACGACUCUGGCGUUUCCAGCGUUUGCAUCCGCCAGCGCAUUAACACACCUGCAAGCUCAACAUAUGCAGCUUCAAGUACAAAUGCAUGAACAGAAUCAAAAUCAAUAUCCAUUGGCACUCGAAAAUCAACACUUUGUGCCGCAUGCGUAAAGAUUUUUUUCUUUUCAACAAAAAAAAGAAAAAGAAAGCAAAGAGAUCGUUAUUUGGUCAUUGGCUUUGUUAAUGAAUCCAAAGAUUCUUCAAGUUUUGGAAAUACCAGUUAAGGAGUUUCCACAUUAAGGACUUUCUUCUUCUGGAACACCAAUUUUUCGCCGCUACUCGGAACACUUUUUUCAAGGAACUACACAACACAAGGUAGUGUUUUUCAAUAUCAAUUUAAAAAGAUGAUGAAUAAUUAUAGUUGUUUAAACACUAUUAAAAUAUUGUUAGCGGCUCUAUAUAAAUAUUUACAAUACAAUCGUGAAAAUAUUUCGUCAGGACCAACUUUUGAAUAUUCACGUUUAAAGUGAAUAUUCACUUUUUUGUCGAGUCAAUAAUUCGACUCGAUAAUUCUUAUAACGCCAAGAGGGAAACAAUUUGAUUAAUUGUUGAAAAAAAAAAAAAACAAUCUCCAUUUCCGUCGAAUUUGAACAUCAUUUUUGAACGUUUCCCUUAAAUUAGUACAACGAAUUUUUUUGAUGAUUCGCGACGGAGAAAAAGGGGAGAAAACAGAUUUUUUAUACGUAGAUUUUAAGUAAACUUUCGUGCCAGACGGUACGUGUGUCGCCUCGUCCACAAAAAGAGGAUUUUGAAAUAAUUAUCUGUGAUUAACGGAUCUGUCGUUGGGCGAAGGAUUGUGUGUGUCUUUGUUUUUUUUUCUCUGCAGUUUUUGAGUCGUUGCCGGUUUUUUAAUAAAAAAAAAAAAAAAGAAAAUACCAAUAAUGGCGUGUUUAAGGUGAGGCGGGGCCAUGCCUAGACUCUUUUAAAUUUGCGAAACUCGCAAGUUCGAAGACAGAAAGAUUUUGCAGGAAUAAUUAUGAAAAUGAAAAAAAAAAAAAAAAAGAAUAUGAAUGGUGUUCCUCUAUUUGAGGAGAAAAUACAUACACGAAGCCGGCUUCGUGUGGUAAUUUUUUUCUCAUAUGAGGAACAAAUAUUUAUGGGCAUAUGUAUAUCAUAAUAUCUGAUCAAUUUUUUAAAAAUGACUAUAAUUCAAAGCAAUCGUCCAACUUUUGCAGACGCUUUCUGUGCUACUAGUUAUAGAUUAACUUGAAGACGUACACUAUUAAAUGCUUUUUCGUGCAGAUAUCGAGUCAAUUUUGUUGCUCGCUGGUGAAUAAUAAUAGAGUAAACAUUCGUGAUUUCAAGUCAAUUGAAAGAUCACAAUUUUUCAGAAAUUAAUUUAAUUAUCCUAUUUAAUAGUUUUAUUAAAUUAAUAAUAAUUUAAUAAUUAAUUAAUUUGUGAAAUUAGUUAAUUUUGAAAUUUGUUAAUUUUCAAUUGACAUUGAAUUUCACACUAUUGCUGAUAUUUGUAAUUUACAUAUUCCCAAUCAACACAAAGACUCAUUGUAUCAACUGUGAAUGAAAGGGUCUGCGAGGAACAUUUUUUAUAUUAAAAAAUGUGACUUUUUAUGAGAAUAAUGUUAUCGAUAUUCAACGUGUAAUUGUCCACCGUGUGUUGUUUACUCUUUUGGAGUAACGAUCUCGAAAAAAAAAAAAUCUUGUAUUUACAAAACGGUUGGUAAAUAUUAGAGAACUCCAUAUUGGUUUAUUGUAUCUUACUCGAUAUGAUAGCAACAUUUUUACGGACAAGUUUAUAGAGUCGGGAAAUAUUCUCUACCCUUUUCAUAAUGUCAAACAGUUGAAAGACUUUUUUAACGUUGGCAAUUUGGAAAUUAUAUUUAAAAAAAAAAAGGAAAUCGAAAGAGAGAUAAUAAACGUGCUAUUAAAAUUGUUUAUCAUAUAGGGAGAAAAAAAAGGUAUCAGGAAGGCAAUGUUCGUGAAUUGAAAGAAAAUAUUUUAUUACAUAAUAAAUUGAAAUUCUUUUUUAAUAUCGCUUUGAAACGCUGCAAAAAAAACGAAUUUUGCAGAUUUUAAAUUUCGCUUUUUGACAAUUCUCAAAAUUUCUAUAAAAUAAAAAAUUGCAUAAUUUGAAUUGCAAUUUUUACAGUAAUAAUAUCUGAAUGAAAUAUAAAUAUGAAUUUUUAUUAAAUGAAUCGAUUAAAUGAAUUCGGUUUUACGUUUUAAAUAUAAAUUUGAAACAAAAUUUUUUUUUUUUGAUUUUAUUGCCAAUAGAUGAGUUUUACAAAAAAGGAACAAAUUUUUUUUUUUAGGUUUUAUUUUUUAGACAGUGAAAAAUUAAUACAAUUGCGCUAAAAUCAGUGACCUAUUGAAAUUGUACAAAAUACACAAUCACAAAAUUCUAAAAUUCUUUUUAUUUGAAAGGAAAACACUUUUUCACGAAAAUCACUGAUUUUUAUAUUUCUGAGAAUUGUAAUUGUGAAAUUCUGUAUAGAUUGAAAAAAAAACGAUUUUUAUACAUUCGCUUUAGAUGUGACACGGGAAAAAAGUAAUAAAUGAAUUUUAAGCAUAUUUUGCUGAGUUAUGAAUUCACAAAAUGAAUUCUUUUCACAGUUUCAAAAUAUGAUCGAUCUCAUAGAACGCGAUUAUUCAUUUUUCAUCUGAUGUUGUAUAUAAUAUAAACUUCUUCAUUAGUUAAAAUAUUCGAAAAUAGAAAUCACACGUUGGUUGUCGAAGCUCAGCCUAAUUCUCAAGUAGUCAGUAGUCACUUCGCUGUUUCAUUAAAACAAAACAAAAACAAAAAAAAAAAAAAAUAUGAAUCGUGUUAGUUGAUGCAUACAAUAAAUAGCUAUAUAUGCAACAUAAAAAAAAAAUCAUGAAAGAAAACAAAAGUCUAUAUAUGCAUAUAAAUAUAUAAUACAUAAAAAAUAUAUAAACAUAUAAAUAUAUAUAGUUUACUUAUUUUCGAAGCAACAUUUUAGUUAUUAUUUAUUAUAUAUGCAUAAGAAUUUGUGCAAUAUUUUUCACUCUUUAUAUAAAUGGGAAAAAUAUUGCACGAAUGUUACUUAUGAAAAAUAUUUUAUAUUUGAAUUGUUAUAUUUCAAAUAACUUUUUUUGAUUAUAUAUAUUUACCUACAUUUACAUUAUUCUUAUAGUACUUUUUCAAUGGUAUUAUUUUGAUAGUAUUGUUUUUUAUUGCAGUACUAUGAUAAUAGUAUUUUUGAUUUAUAGUACAUUACAUCUUUACAUUAGCUUUGAAACUAAAUUUUCUGAUUUUUCAUUAUUGAAAAUUAAAGUGAAACUGAAGAUUAAAUUGGUUUUUAUUUUAAAUUUAUUCUUUUUAUAUUCGAUCAAAAUUAUAAAAUUUUGUUUAGAAAAGUGAUUUUUAAAGAUUAAAUUAUUUUUAAUCUUUUAAUUGAUUAAAAAUGAUUUAAAGAUUUUAUGUUUUUUCAACAUAAACGGGACAGAGUUUUUAAACUUUUUAAAUUAGAGAAAUUUUAUUUUACUAUUUUUUUUUUUAAUCUUCAGUUUUAUGAUAGAAAUAUUAAUUUUAUUUUUUAAUUCGAAAAUCAGCGUCACUUAUCAUUUUUUUAAUCUUUGAAAUAUUUUUUUUUUCUUUUAUUUCUUAAAGUGGAGUUGCUUCGACCUCCUAACAUGCAUAUGACUGUGAAUAUCAUGAAUAACCAUAACUGGCUAUAGGCGAAUUACAAUAAGUAACUAAGCAAUAAUCAGGCUGCUAAUUGGUGUCGGUAAACCGUAAAGGCAACUAUCAUUUUGGCACGCAACGUGUAUUUGAACGAAGAGAAUCGAAUUUUCAAUGUGUAAUUGCGCCCAUAUUCGAUGGCAUCUUAUAGAUUUUUUAUUUUUUAAAAAAAUACACGACAAUCGAAUUGAUGAUCAUCAUCAUCAUCAUAAGACUUAAAUCUCGAUAUUCGAUAAAAAUUUGUGAAAGUAGAAAAAAAAGAAACAACAAAAAAAAUUAGUACUUCGAUUCGUUUGUCGUGUAUUUUAUCGAUUUGUAAAUACGAAUGAAAAAAAAUUAUCUAUCGUAAAACUAUUAUUAUUUUAGCAAAAAAAAAAAAAAAAAAAAAUCGUCCUUGUGAUAAAGGACACGAUGAAGAGAUCAGUAACGUACACACCUCGAGCUGUGGGUGAUGUAAUGGAAUUAAAAAAAAAAAAAAAAGAAAUUAAAAAAUAAUAAAUAAAAACGUUGCCUUAGCUUUUGUACAAGAAAAGAACGCGAAAGAGAGACGUAAUCAGCGUGCAAGAGGCGUUGAGAGAAAGACGUUUUUUAAUUAAUGCAGGGCGGGUCAUGGUGAUGAUAAAAGUAAUAAGUAAGAUAAAGAUAUCCUUAUAAUCGAUUUAAGGUAUCUGCGUUAAUUUGCCCAGGUGGAUUAAGAAGUAAAAAAAAAAAAAAUCCUUUAUUGUUAAUUUGUAUCUGAUGUCAAAAUUGAAUAUAAUUUAUUUUUUUAAAUUUAAUAAAUCCACUGGGUAUUUUUAACGCGGUGUAUCCUUUAACAUUAAAACGAGACGAGACCAAGAGACUCGAGGAAUUCGAGGAGGGAAAGAAUUCGAGCCUUGCAGCAAGGAGAAUGAUUGAUUUACGUGGGGGAGGGGGGGGGAGAAAUGAUCAUUAUAUUAUAAUUUUACUAUCAAAUCUUCCACUCGGGUGUGGCCACGUACUUAAAAGACCUCUUCGCGCGGACAAUUAACUUAUAAUUUAUUUUAACAGAUUUUUUUUUUUUUACAAACAAGUUAGAAAUUUAAAUUUUACUCCACGGUCACAGGAAUAUAUUUCUUUUUUUUGUCUCGAUUAUUUUUUACCAGUGCAAUCAGAUUUGGAUUGUUUAUCAAAUUUUAUAAAUUUGAAUUGUUUUUGUAUAAUUUUGAUUAUUUCGAGAUUAAAAAAAGGCCUUUAUUUGGGAAUUGUAAUUAUUCCUGUGGCUGGAAUAUUUUUAAUGAGAAAGAGUUAGGUUUUUUUUUUUUAUAUUGGACUGAAGGAAAUUGGAAACUUUAGUCUUUGUGAUAUUCAAGUGAUCCUGUUGAAAGGAGUACAAUAUCAUGUGAUUUUAUUUUUAUUAGAAUUACGUCCAAGUGAUUAAUUGAUAUUUGUAAAUAGCAGGACGUGGUCGUUCUCGAGUAUGGGAGAUGGCGAUCAAACGCUUAAAAAAAAAAAAAAAACUUUUACAUUCAACUCCUAUUAUAGUUUGUCUAUGUCGAAAAAUCAAUUUUAUCUUGAUAUUUAACAAUUGAAAUUUCAUGGACACAAUAUAUGGGAGUAUAAAGUGGAUAAAAUUAAAAAAAAAAAAAGACGAAAGGCAAAUCGCAUAAUAUUAUCUUUUUUUGAAAAUAAAAGUUGUGACUUUUAAAUGAAAAAGAUAAAUAGAAAAAGCGUUAAUGGCAAAAUUCUCAAUUUAAUAUUUAAACAAUCGUGAAUGUUAGUGUGAUCGAUUUUAACAUUUGAAUGAAUGAAUUGCGUUUGCUGCAAGGCAAUAAAUGAGCCAUAAAGGGAAAAAAAGCUCGAAAAAAAAAAAAAAAUGAUGGUUAGAUACGAGAAGUCAGAAAGGGGAGAUUCGUGAAGUACGAAAGAGAGAGAGAAAAAAAAGCAAAAGUUAUUGAAACAAUAUUAUAUUAUUAAAAAUGUACGAUGUCCCACUGUGAUACAAUUUUUCUUUUUGCAUGUAAAAUAUAUUAUAAUUAUUAUAAUUAUUAUUAUUAUUAUUAUAAUUGCCGUAAGCAUGAAAGAAUCAUAUAAAAAAAAAAAAAAAAAAAAUUUGGAUAUUUGAUUGUAAACGUGUGUGUAACAAACGAUGACCACCGGAUGGAAGUGUUUGUUAAUCGAAUAUACGUUUAUAAUUAUUUAUCAAUAACGCAUAUACAUACGUAUAAUUAUGAUUGAGUGUGUGCAUACAAAUUGUAAGUGCGCGCACACUGUUGCAAAAUAAUACAAAUUAUUCAUUUUUAGUGCGAAACGAUUUAUAGCGCGAAAAUUCUCGCAAAACACACACGCAGUGUAAGAACCGUUUGAUUCUUGAUGAAUCUUUAAAAAAAAAAAAUGAAUUAUCUUAUAUUUCGAAAAAAAGUAUAUAUUAUAUAGUAUAUAUAUAUAUGUCACGUCGCAAUCUUAGAAUUAUUAUUGUUAGAUUUUAGUAAAGAUGAAAAAAAAAAAUGAAUGGUUUCACGAUAUCCUUGAGUGUCAAACGGUUCUUUGUUAUAAUGGUAGUAGACCCUGCGAUCAAUCGUCCUGAUAAUAAAUUAUUUUAAAAAUUCGAUGCAGGAGAGAAAAUUCAAUUGUUUAAUUAUAGUUUCUUUGUUCUAUAUAUUGAAAUUAUCGUCGAGAUAAUCUUUGUGAUGUCAAUAUAAUUAUUUCGGUGUAACCGAAAUUUGAAGAUUGUAUAGAAAAUUAGUUUUUUAUUGAAAGAAGAAUGGAGAGGAAAAAGAGGGAAAGGUUCAUAGAGAGAGAGAGAGAGAGAAAGAAAAUUUAGUGUAUGUUUUAUAUAAAAAAAAAAAAUUGAAUGGCUAUGUUGUAGAAUAAAAUUGUGAUUAUGUUUCACAGCGUCUUUGUUGCGUUAUGGUGUUCUACGAUUUCAGUUUCUUCUUUUGUUUGAAUGGUCUCAUAAAUAAUAACUGUCGAUAGGCUUUUAAUCAGAGCUCUUUUGGAAAUAGGAAUACUCGGAUAGUGUUUAAUAUGGAUAAUGAGAAAAAAAAAAAAAUAUUGACGUUUUAGCGAUUUAAAUUAAAUCGCUCGGCAUACAAAGGCGUGAAGGGACAGUAUUUAAGGAAUGUGAAAAUGAAAGGGUUGAGAAAGAAAUAUAUAUAUUAUAUAUAUUUAUAAAGAGAAAAAGAAAAAAAAAUGUGUGACGAUUGCUCGAAGGGUUUUUGAGGCAAGGUGGGGCAAUUACCAACUUGCUUUAUUCAUCCUCGUAUUAUAAAGUUCAUUUGGUAGUACCACAUUGUAAAACCAUUUAUAUUUGCAUAUGAUUAAUAUGUUUUACUUAAAA